UCUUGAACGGUUAACAUCGAAACGGAAAAUAAAAACAACGAAACGAUCUAAAUAAUUACAAAGUAAGAAGAGUUGAAUAUACUUGAAGACAUAUAAGACAGGACUAAAAGGAUAUGCAAGGACAAAUGGAUAAAAAGACUUUUCAUAUAGCAAUUUAAAUAUUUAAAACAGUGCAUAUUUUUUUUAGUGUACGAAUGAAAUAUUUGUAAUUUCUUUAAAGUGUAUUUGUUGAAGAGUUAAUGAUGCUUUAGAGAUUUGAUACCGGGAAAAUAUUAAAUGUUUAACCGUAUUUGAUUGCAAAAAGUGAAAUAUAGAAAGAAGUAUAUAUUCCUUUCGUCGCAUUAGAAGUAACGAAACAGUCAAGGCAUGGCUGGAAAAAAAGAAGGUGACCCCGAAAAGGGCCACCAAGCUGAUUAUGAUAUUGUUAUGGCAGAAGAAUAUAUCUUAUCAGAGGUGGAGAAGAAUUUUAUAUUAGCUUCUGAACGUGGUGAUUUAUCGGGUGUCAAAAAAAUUAUUGAAACCUAUCGCGAUCAACCGGAUAAAUUUAAUCUUAACUGUGUGGAUCCAAUGAAUCGUUCUGCGCUUAUAUCUGCGAUUGAAAAUGAAAAUUUUGAUUUAAUUGUCGUACUACUUGAUUAUGGCAUUGAUGUAGGUGAUGCGCUGCUGCAUGCCAUAUCAGAAGAAUAUGUAGAAGCUGUGGAGGAGUUACUCCAAUGGGAAGAAACACAUCAUAAGGAGGGUGAACCAUACAGUUGGGAAGCCGUCGACCGCUCCAAAUCCACAUUUACAGCCGAUAUCACACCAUUAAUAUUGGCUGCACAUCGCAACAAUUACGAGAUUUUGAGGCUAUUAUUGGACCGUGGAGCAACAUUACCAAUGCCGCAUGAUGUCAAAUGUGGUUGUGAUGUCUGCGUUACAUCACAAGAAGCGGACUCACUGCGCUAUUCCCAGUCCCGUAUUAACGCAUACCGUGCCCUAACUGCCAGUUCGCUAAUAGCGCUCAGCUCUCGUGACCCUGUAUUAACAGCAUUUGAGCUUUGUUGGGAAUUGAAAAGAUUACAAGCGAUGGAAUCUGAAUUUCGUGCGGAAUAUACGGAAAUGCGUUUACAUGUACAAGACUUUGUAACAUCUCUGCUGGAUCAUGCACGCACUUCCUUAGAACUGGAAGUUAUGCUAAAUUUCAACCAUGAACCCUCAAAUGUCAUAUGGGUGCCGGGACAACGUCAAACGCUGGAACGUCUUAAACUGGCCAUUAAAUAUAAACAAAAAACUUUUGUAGCUCAUCCUAAUGUACAACAGUUACUGGCCGCAAUUUGGUAUGAGGGUUUGCCUGGUUUUCGACGUAAGCAAGCUUCCCAGCAAAUCAUGGAAGUUCUUAAACUCGGUUGUAUGUUUCCUAUAAACAGUAUGAAUUAUUUGAUGGCUCCGGACUCGGAUACUGGCAAAUUGAUGAGAAAACCCUUUGUUAAAUUCAUUUCUCAAUCCUUUUCCUACAUGUUUUUCUUAAUGCUGCUGGGUGCUGCUUCAUUGCGUGUUGUUCAAAUCACUUUUGAGUUGUUGGCAUUUCCUUGGAUGUUGGCUAUGUUAGAAGAUUGGCGUAAACAUGAAAGAGGCUCUCUACCAGGACCUAUUGAAUUGGGCAUAAUAAUGUAUGUGGCAAGUUUGAUAUUUGGCGAACUGAAAACUCUUUAUGCAGAUGGGCUGUUCGAUUAUAUAACAGAUUUAUGGAAUGUGGUAGAUUUCAUAUCGAACAUGUUUUAUGUAACUUGGAUACUUUGUAGGGCCACGGCAUGGGUAAUUGUGCAUAGAGACUUAUGGUAUCGAAAUAUAGAUCCGUACUUUCCGCGUGAACAUUGGCAUCCGUUCGACCCGAUGUUGUUAUCAGAAGGUGCAUUUGCGGCAGGCAUGGUAUUUUCCUAUCUGAAACUGGUACAUAUAUUCUCUAUUAAUCCGCACUUGGGACCAUUACAAGUUUCAUUGGGACGUAUGAUAAUCGAUAUCAUUAAGUUCUUUUUGAUAUAUACAUUAGUAUUGUUUGCGUUUGGUUGCGGAUUGAAUCAACUAUUAUGGUACUAUGCGGAAUUGGAAAUGAAAAAGUGCUAUCAUUUGCAUCCAGAUGUAGCUGACUUUGACGAUCAAGAAAAGGCUUGCACAAUAUGGAGACGUUUUUCUAAUCUUUUCGAAACAUCUCAAUCGCUUUUCUGGGCUUCAUUCGGUUUAGUCGAUUUGGUCUCCUUCGAUUUGGCGGGCAUAAAGAGUUUUACGCGUUUUUGGGCCCUAUUGAUGUUCGGUUCGUAUUCCGUAAUAAAUAUUAUUGUACUGCUCAACAUGUUGAUUGCUAUGAUGUCGAACUCCUAUCAAAUCAUAUCGGAACGUGCUGAUGUUGAAUGGAAAUUUGCUCGUUCGCAAUUAUGGAUGAGUUACUUUGAAGAUGGAGGCACUGUACCAGCACCAUUUAAUCUAUGUCCCUCAAUCAAAUUGCUGCGAAAAACAUUAGGAAAAGUGAAGAGAAAACGUUCAAAGAGCUUUAUGCGCAAGUCGUUGGUGAAAGCACAGGGGUUGCAUGAUAAGGUUAUGAAGUUACUUAUACGUCGCUACAUUACUGCCGAGCAGCGUCGUCGUGAUGAUUACGGUAUCACAGAGGAUGAUAUUAUUGAAGUACGUCAAGAUAUUAGUUCGUUACGUUUUGAAUUGUUGGAUAUAUUCUCUAAUAAUAAUUUCAAUGUGCCCGAUAUUGAGAAGAAAACAGCAGCUGCUGCUGCGGGCACCAAGAAGAGCAAAGUGACCGAACGUCGCAUACUUAAAGAUUUCCAAAUCGGUCUUGUUGAGAACUUGAAACAAGAAAUGAGUGAAGAUGGUAAUAGUGAUAUAUUUUCAGUUGUAGCCAGAGUAAUGGGCAAGAAGAAGGCACAGAAAGG